UAACCGCCCCAGUCUACAUCCGACCGUCAUCCAGUGAACAUACAUACAUACGCCACAUUCCUUUUUCCUGUCUCUACCCCCUGCUGUGCUACUUCCGGUGGAUAGAAUCUCCAGCAUUCGCGAAAAGUGAUUUUUUCGAUAAUUCGAUUCCCGCCAAAAUUUUGAAAAAAAACGAAUCUACAAUAAAAAUGGCGGCUAUAUUCAGUGAUUAUUUGUGGUUUAAAUAAUUUAUUUUAACGCGCCAAAAAAAAAAAAUUCAAAAAAAAGGAGAAAUUAUUAUUCCGAAAUAAAAUUUAAUUGUGGUGAUUGGAUUUGACUCGAUGUGGCCGUCAUCAACCGCAGUGUUUUCUCUGCUGAUACUCAUCUUACAAUCCGCAUGCCGAGCCGCGGAAAGUGAGUCGGUGGUGGUGCUGGUGGCCGAAGUGCUAGCGGAAGAUGGAGGAGGAGGAGGGCGACACCAGCAUCAGCCGCCAGGCAUGGAUUAUUAUCAUCAGGAAUCGACGUUAUUGGCAAUGCCUGCAGAGCAGCAGGAUCAGACGACUGGCGGUGCAAUAAAAGCCACGAUUUCCAACAGUCACCCAGCCGUCGUUAAUAAGCCAGCAGCAGGAGGACUAGUACAGCAGCAAAAUCCUCCUCCUCAGCUGAUGCUUUCAGCUGCUGGGGUCACGGCAACUGCCAAAAACGUGACUGUCGCUCACGGCAAAACCGCCCUUUUGACCUGCAAAGUUGGCGCUGGCCUCUUGGACAAUCGAACGCAAGUGGCGUGGAUCCGCUACUCGGAUUUGCAGUUGCUGACGGUCGGCAAUCAAACGUACACGGCCGAUCGACGUUUCAGCGCGGGCAUCAGCGGCAACGGCGACGCCUGGUCCCUUCAAAUCAGCCACGUCCAGUUCAGAGACGAAGGAGGAUACGAAUGUCAGAUCGGAGUGACGCCCCGCGUCAGCCAUUACAUCCACCUCUCUGUCGUCGAACCGACGACGGUGAUUCUUGGCGGCUCCGAGAUGCACAUCGACAUCGGCAGCACAAUCAAUUUGACCUGCCUCGUCCAGCACACGCCCGAGCCUCCCGAUUACGUUUUCUGGACUCACAAUCAGCAAACGGUGAAUUACGAUUCGAAAAGAGGCGGGAUCAGCGUCAUGGUCGAACGCGGAGCUACGACGCUCAGUUCUCUACUCAUUCAGAAAGCGGCACGCAGAGAUUCGGGAGUUUACGUCUGUUCACCAUCGUCGGCACCGGCAGCUCAAGCUUCUAUUCACAUUCUAGAAGGUGAACGACCGGCUGCCAUGUACAGCGUUGCCCGAAGGCCGUCUAUUGUUCGACUGAUGACGUUGAUGUUGAUAAAUGCCGUGAUUUACCUGUCGGCACGUCAACGGUCACUCCUCUGAGAGUUUUUUUCGUUUUUUCGUUUGUUAUUUGAUGAUGAAAACUCUCCUUGUUCCAUUCCUCGGCUCCAAUCAAUUAUUAUUUUGAUUAUUUAUUUUUUUUAAAGAAAAUAACUUUUGCACCAUUUUGAUGAUUUGUUCAGUUUUUCCAAAUGUUGUUGCGUUUACUAUUGACUGUUCUUAUUUUAUGUUAUUCAACUACAUACAAAAAAAAUUAACAAUAUUAUCUAACCUUCCACGGGAAAAUUUUUUUUCGCAUCAGAAAUUUGUUUUUUUAAAUUAAAAAUUAUAAUAAUAAAUAUUUAACGAAGACGACCGGAUUUUAAUGAAAUUUUUAAAUAUUCCCUAUAGGUAUAUAUACAUAAAUAUAUUAGCAUCUCGAUGAAGCUGAAAAAAAAAUGUUUUAAUUAAUUCGUGUCAGCACAGCUGACAUCAUCUGCUCAUUUAUUCAUUUUAAAAAAUUUGUAAUUAAAUCUUACCAAAAAUUCAAUAAAAAAAAACCAUAAUUUAAACUGUGUUUUGAUGACCUUAAAUGAAAUUUGGGUCGAUGAACCGAAUGUGUACAAGUCAACAAAAAUUCAUUUUCUUUUGCACGUAUAAAAAUACUAUAUGUGUAUGUAUGCUCUGUGUGUAUACGUGCGUGUUUGAUACACCGGAAAAAAGUUAUUAUUGCUCCCUGGUUGAUUCGAAUAAUCCCGGAUGAAAAACCCUUGGUUAUCCUGUUUUUUUUUGUCUGCUAUUUCAAAAAAAAAUAUAACAGUUCUUAAGAAAUAAUAAUAACAAAAUCUACUUAAAAAAUUUUAUUUCAAUAAAUCUUUCUAUAGCGAAUAAACCCACCCGUAAGGGAGAUAUUUUAUUUACAGCUUUCCUUUUGAUUGUCCAACAAUCUUUUUUGCCCAGCAGUUCACGUUUUGUAUAGCCUUUUGUAACAUAAUAUCUUUGUUGUUGGAUGUUGAAUAUAUUUUCCCGUAUUUUAAA